CACCGCUGCGUCCAGUCUGCCGUUGAAUCAGGCGGAGAAGAAGAACAUUUUUUGACUCGUAGAGGGCGCGUUUGGCGUCUGUUGUGGCUGUGGAAACGCUGUCUUGCGGCACCAAACUGGACUGGAGUCGGUGGGCAGCUGCCUGAGCCAUGAGUGAGUUUAGGAUCCACCAUGAUGUGAACGAGCUGCUCAGCCUGCUGCAUGUGCGAGGAGGGGAUGGAGCAGAGGGCUACAUAGACCUACUGCAGAAGCACAGGACGCCUUAUGUCACCACAACAGUCUCUGCUCACAGCGCCAAGGUCAAAAUAGCCGAGUUUUCUAAAACUCCUGAGGAUUUCUUGAGGAAGUAUGAUGAGCUCAAGUCAAAAAAUGUACGCAACCUUGACCCUCUGGUCUAUCUGCUGUCCAAGCUCAGCGAGGAUAAAGAGACACUCCAGUGUCUGCAGCAGAAUGCCAAGGAGAGGUCAGAGUCGUCAGCAAACACAGCUGCAGCCACCACCACCAGUUACAGCCUUUCUCAGACCAGCACCAAGAUGUCCAUGCAGGAACUGGAUGAGCUGCGGAAGAAGCUUGGCAAUGUGACGGCCAGUUCCAACGUCCCUCAGUCUGCUGAAGUUACACGGAAGAUGCUGAGGGACAGACACAACAAGAAGAACCCUACGCAGCCCAACCCAGUGUUUCCUAACUGGGUGUAUGACCGUCCUGCUCUCAUAGGGGACUUCAUCACCGGCUCCACCCCUGUGGGAGAACCAGCUGUGGCCAUCGGGUCAAUGCCGCUGGCCGCUCAGGAACAAGCUCUGGUUGAAGAUCUGCUGUUUGUGCUGAUUGGAGUUGAUGGGAGAGACAUCACAGCCCAGCCCGUGCUGGGGAGGCAGAACCGCUCCUUUAUUGUUGAUCCAACUUUGGACAUGUCCGUCAAGGAGUUGGUCAAUCGUAUAUUGCCAGUUGCAUCAUACUACUCCACUAUAACACGCUUCACCGAGGAGAAAUCGUCCUUUGAGUACGGCCAGGUGAACCAUGCGCUGACAGCGGCCAUGAGAACCCUGAUGAAGGAGUACCUGAUCCUGGUCACUCAGCUGGAGCACCUCCACCGGCAGGGCAUGCUCUCCUUGCAGAAGCUCUGGUUCUACAUCCAGCCCACCAUGAGGACCAUGGAGAUACUCGCCUCCAUCGCUUCCUCAGUGGACAAAGGAGACUGUAUGGGCGGGUCGACACUGAGUCUUCUCCACGAUCGCACCUUCAACUACACGGGUGACAGCCAGGCUCAGGAGCUGUGCCUCUACCUCACCAAAGCAGCCAGCGUCCCUUACUUUGAAAUACUCGAGAAGUGGAUCUACAGGGGAAUCAUCAAGGAUCCGUACAGUGAGUUCAUGGUUGAAGAACAUGAGCUACAGAAAGAGAAGAUUCAGGAGGACUACAACGACAAGUACUGGGAUCAGCGAUACACAAUUGUACAGCACCGGAUUCCCUCCUAUCUACAGAAAAUGGCAGACAAAAUAUUAAGCACAGGAAAAUACCUCAAUGUGGUGCGAGAGUGUGGUCGUGAUGUGACCUGUCCUGAUGCCAAAGAGGUCCUGUACACUCUGAAGGAGAGGGCCUAUGUCGAGCAGAUAGAGAAGGCCUACAACUACGCCAGCAAGGUGCUCCUAGACUUUCUUAUGGAAGAGAAGGAAUUGGUUUCACGUCUCAGGUCGAUCAAGCACUACUUUUUGAUGGACAAAGGCGAUUUCUUCGUGCACUUCAUGGACCUGACAGAGGAGGAGCUGAAGAAGCCGGUAGACGACAUUGUGCCUUCCAGACUGGAGGCUCUCCUGGAGCUGGCUCUGAGGAUGAGCACGGCCAACACGGACCCCUUUAAAGAUGACCUCAAGAUCGACUUAAUGCCCCAUGAUGUAAUCACCCAGCUGCUGCGGGUGCUGGCCAUCGAGACCAAGCAGGAGAAGGCCAUCAUCAACGCCGAACCCACAGAGGUGGCUCUUAGCGGCCUGGAAGCCUUCUCCUUCGACUACAUUGUCAAAUGGCCGCUAUCACUCAUCAUCAACAGGAAAGCGCUGACAAGAUACCAGAUGCUGUUCAGACACAUGAUUUAUUGCAAACAUGUGGAGCGGCUGCUGUGCAAUGUGUGGAUCAGCAACAAAGAUGCCAAGCAGUACUCCUUACAUUCUGCUAAAUGGUUCGCUGCGGCGUUCGCCCUCCGACAGCGCAUGCUCAACUUUGUGCAGAACAUCCAGUACUACAUGAUGUUCGAGGUGAUGGAGCCCACGUGGCACAUCAUGGAGAACAACCUGAAAUCAGCGUCAAACAUCGAUGACGUGCUCUGCCACCACACCAGCUUCCUGGACAACUGUCUGAAGGACUGCAUGCUCACCAACCCCGAGCUGCUCAAGAUCUUCUCCAAGCUCAUGUCCGUCUGCGUCAUGUUCACCAACUGCAUGCAGCGGUUCACCCAGAGCAUGAGGCUGGACCGUAUUUCGCUGGAGCACAGGUCCAUGGAUGGACCUCCCAACCAGAGCGAACGCACUGAGGAGGCAGAGAAGAAGAAGCUCACCACAAAGUUUUUAGCUGAGCACGUGGAUGCCCUUCAGUCCGACGCCGGCUUCGAGGCCACCAUCAGCAAGUUUGACAGCAACUUCAGCACACUGCUGCUGGACCUGCUGGACAAGCUCAGCAUAUACAGCACCAACGACUGUGAGCACAGCAUGAUCAACAUCAUCUACAGGCUGGAUUUCAAUGGAUUCUACACGGAGCGCCUGGAGCGGAUGGCCAUAGAGAGGAGCCAGAAAGCCACCGUGUAGCGUGUCGUCAUGUUCGCUGCGUGUGAACAGCCCGCCGCAAUAAGAACGGAUCCUCCUCACACCCGCCCAUCAAUCCAAAAGCAACCGCCCAAAUAAUUACCAGAGUCAUUCCUGUCGUCCAAGUGAGAGGGCUGUUGAUUCAUGGAGCUGAUGUUUCACUGUAUCUAUACUGUGUAUUGUAUGAAAUGUAGAGUUACUGUCUAACACCUCAUUAAAGUGCCCCAAGUGUAAAUUUGAAUAACUGUGGAACUAUUGUAUGUAUUGUGCUCUUAAAAUGUCAAGCUGACACUCCUUCUGGGUAACUUAUUGUAUUUUACUGCUAAGAUUUGUCUAUGUUUGUAUUGCUGUUCAAUAAAAACGCUUUACAAAGUGAA